AUGUUUGCUGGACAGAUUCGAACUUCAAUGUCACCAGAACUCAACGGUGGACUUCUGUUGACCGGGCUCUGGUGGAACAUUCUUGCCGACGCUGUCUCCGAGGCAAUCUCGUUCGAGUCCGCCGCAAAACUAGCCUGUUUUUGCUCACCACUAUUCUCGAGGCAGAGCAUUUGGCAAGAUUACAGCCUCGACUGCAGACCGGCAUUUUCCGCUUCCAACCUGAACGAGGCAGCAGUUUUAUUUACAUUUCAAGAAUUAAUUAGGCUUGACGUGCCCACUUCACUGAGACUCGGGCGUACUUUCGGGUUGCCGCGCACAGGCACGACCGGCGGCCAGUGGACCCUUUUGAUCCCGAGCCAGCAGAAGCUGGGCUUAGGCGUGGGCAAAGAUGUGUCUACUUUGGGCACAAUGUUUCCCGGCUCAAGAGAGACUAGUCCGAUCGGCCGGUCUGUCACGACGCAAAUCACUUCGGCCGAAUCCCCGCCGCCGAUAGGCACUCGUGUGUGGACACACGCUGUGAGGCUGUGUUUCGCCAACACGACCGGAUGCAUUUGUUCUGUACCGCUAUUGCAAGCAGAAUCGUGUAGAUGUGAAGAAAAAGUGGGUUUCGAACAAUCCCUUGAGGCUAAAUUGUAG